GCUUCCAGUUACGGAGGAUGAGGGGAGUGACUACAAGUCCCAGAAGGUCACGCGGCGUCAACAGCGGGCACGUCAAUUCCUAGGGCGACAUAUUUUGCAGAAGCUGUACAUCUGACGGUCUCAAGGUUCUAUAGUGCCCAGCGCGUUUGGCGCGUUGCUUCUCUCGGUGUGCUCUCCUUACCCUAAAACAGUCGCCAUGAAAGAUUCUCUGGUACUGCAGAGCCGCGUCCCGGCGCACCCGGAUUCCCGCUGCUGGUUCCUGGCCUGGAACCCCUCGGGGACCCUGUUGGCUUCCUGCGGAGGCGACCGUAAAAUUCGCAUCUGGGGCACCGAGGGUGACAGCUGGAUUUGCAAGUCUGUCCUUUCUGAAGGCCAUCAGCGCACCGUUAGGAAAGUGGCCUGGUCCCCGUGUGGAAAUUACCUGGCAUCUGCCAGCUUUGAUGCCACCACUUGUAUUUGGAAGAAGAACCAGGAUGACUUUGAGUGUGUGACCACUCUUGAGGGCCAUGAAAAUGAGGUCAAGUCAGUGGCUUGGGCCCCAUCUGGCAACCUCUUGGCUACCUGCAGCAGAGAUAAGAGCGUGUGGGUCUGGGAAGUUGAUGAAGAGGAUGAGUAUGAGUGUGUCAGUGUCCUCAGCUCUCAUACGCAGGACGUUAAGCACGUGGUUUGGCACCCGAGCCAGGAGCUUUUAGCUUCUGCUAGCUAUGAUGACACAGUGAAGCUAUACCAGGAAGAAGGGGAUGACUGGGUCUGCUGUGCCACCCUCGAAGGUCAUGAGUCCACUGUUUGGAGCAUAGCCUUUGAUCCCAGCGGCCAGCGGCUGGCAUCUUGCAGUGAUGACCGAACUGUACGCAUCUGGCGCCAGUAUCUACCGGGCAAUGAACAAGGGGUGGCAUGCAGUGGCUCUGACCCCAGCUGGAAAUGUAUCUGCACUUUGUCGGGCUUCCACACCAGGACCAUUUACGACGUUGCUUGGUGUCAGCUGACAGGGGCCUUGGCUACAGCUUGUGGAGAUGAUGCCAUCCGAGUGUUUGAGGAAGACCCAGGCUCAGACCCACAGCAGCCCACCUUCUCUCUGACAGCCCAUCUUCGUCAGGCCCAUUCCCAGGAUGUCAACUGUGUGGCUUGGAAUCCCAAGGAGCCAGGGCUCCUGGCCUCUUGUAGUGAUGAUGGGGAGGUAGCCUUCUGGGAGUAUCACCAGCCUGCAGGUCUCUGAGCUAUAGCUUGACUUGGGAGUCUUGAUUCCCACAGAAAACGUCCUAAGACUUCUAGUCGUCAAGAAGACCUGAAGCAUCCUUGACCUUCAUUUUGCUCAGGACUAUUCACUGUUUCCCUUCCUUGAGGAAGCCAUUGGAGAGAGCCACAGAACAGCAGUAUAUUGUAUUAAAGUUUUGCUUGAUUUAGGGCAUGGUGUUACAUUUUGGGGGUAAAAUAUAUUUAUAAUCAAUAUAUAUGAAUAAGAGCUUUUGAAAUUGUGAUCUUUAUAGAAAUAAUCCAUCUGUGCUCCACUUCCUGUUUUAUAAGUAAGGUCAUUUAUCAUUUCUUAUAACUUGACUAUUGGGAAUAAGCUCCACUGUCCCAAUUCUAGAGUAGUUCUUGCAUUUAAAACAUGCAAGCUAGCUGUAGUGUUUUCCUAGCACUCAAUCGGCAAAGACGGGCUAUACUUUGCUGCAUAGUAAGUUUGAAGCCAGCCUGGGAUGAGACCCUUUUCUCAAAAAACAAAGACAUUCAAAACUAGAGGAAUUUCCCCCCAAAAAUGUAAGUUUGUUCAUAGUAAAAGGACACCUCUGCUUUUCCUUAGAAACCCUCAUAUGCCUCUUGAGACAUUAUGCUGUGGGCUUCUGAGGAUAUGAAAAGAAAUGAACUCCUAUAAAGAGGAGGUUUUCAGUGAGGGACACAAAACAUCUACAAAGUGAGUUCCAAGACAGCUAAGGAGACAGUGACCAUAGAAAAACCAAAAAUCAAAUCUUUGGUGUUUUUCAGGGCCAAGAAUAGUUAAGGUGUCUAAUUAGCCUUUUAGAAGAAUGCGAUUAGACAGUGAGAAAUGCUUACAGGUUUGGGUGUGAGUUGUCUCCAAAACUGGAGCCUUCACUUAACUUUUUACACUGUACAACUGUGACCUUAGAUUUUUGCAGACAGUGGAGACAUAGCGUUGACUAGUGGUCUGUAGAUUCCUGGGAAGGUCAACACUGUAUCAUGAUCAAGGAAUGGCACCAGUUAAGUCUCUAUCUGUCUUCUUUAUCUUCUUCAUAGUGAGAAUGGAGCCAGCUUCACUCAAGACAACAAACAUGACUUAAAAUUGACAUUGAGACCAUUUCUGAUACUGACAAAUGAGAAAGUUCCACCUAGCCCCUCUGAAAUGAAGAUAGUCUUGAGGAAAAACAGUUGGACAGUUGCUACUAGCCAAGUUAGCUAUUCAUGGCAUGUAUUUUUAAAGUCAGAACUAGAAGAUUAGCAUUUAGGCUUGUAUAUUUAGCUGUGUUCCUGAAAAAUGAACAUACUGAACCUUUCACUGAUAGUGUUCACUGCUGAUGGUAAAUGUUUAAAAGACAAAAUUAGAAUUUCUGAAAACUUGUGUUUCAACAAACUUUAAUGGUAUUGAAACUAGCAAAUGCAUGGAUAUUUUGAGGUCUGUGGAAUUUUGUGGGUCACUGUUGAAAUGACCAAUACACUGGCAUUACAAAAUCAUUUUGUGACUCUAAGAUGGGGCAGUGGUUUUAACAGUACAGGAUGCAUGGGUACAGCUGAGGAGCCUACACUGCCUUUAGGAAACUUCCACAUACAGUACCAUACAGUAGUAUCUAAGGACAGCCACAGUGAUUUGGAAACUCUUCUUUCCCAACCUGAAGUUGACAUGCUCAGCUCAACCAUACAACAGACUGAGCAGACACGCUAACUGGCUUCUCUUAAGCUAGACGUAAAGUGAUUAUAACACUGUACCAUGCUACUCUUCUCCCAGGAUUUAUUUUUCUUAAAAUAUGUUAAUGAAGUUUUUUUUUUUAAAAAACAAACUGCCUUAAUUUUUAAUGUAACAAGUAUCAAUGAAUAUAACCUAGGUAAUAAAAGCUUUGGGGG